AUUCUGAAUUUCAUUUCGAUUCUGACUAUGAGGCGUUAUCAUAUUCCGCGUCCAGCUUUACAGGAAAUCUCGUUCGGCUAAACUUCGCAUACAUUCAUAUCAGCUUUGUCAUUUUUACGAAAUAAUCAUAGUAAACGAACAAACUUCUAUGCAGGCACAAACGACUUUAAUAAAGGAAUAAUCGACUCUCUAAAUUAGAAAGGACGAUGCGGAAUUCCAAAAGAAACUUUUGGUUUAAAGUCUUGGAUAGAUAUUCACGAUUAGCCUUUUUCCGUAAGCCAGCAUCCGGAACGAUUGCCGUAUUCAGUUUCCUGAUGAUGAUACCAAUAUUUCUAUAUAGCGUUGGUGGUUAUCCGAUGUUACACAAAGAGCAGUUCAAGGGUAUGCAGAAAAAGAAUGUUGGUGGUGGCUUAUGAUACCAAAGUUUCGAAUCUAGACGAUGGGAUAAGGAUGGCAACGGGUGAUGGUAAUACUAACUGUGAGAAUGAACCGAUGGAUGAUGAGACAGAUAUAGCACAAAGAGGGAAUGACAAAAGGUUACAUCGGAAUCUUUUCGACUUGAACGAAUUUGAUGUUGAAUCAGAGACUGUAGAUCUAUGUCAGUGUCGCGUAGACGCUAUUCCAGAUCUUUCAAGAUUCGCCCACUUGAAGGAACUUUGCAUGCGACAGAAUUUGUUAGUAUCACUCAAUGUUCAUCUUGCAAUUGUCAGUCUUACUCAGCUCGAUUUAUACGACAAUCAGAUUGAGGUCAUUUCAAAUCUCGAUUCACUGGUCAAUCUUGAAAUUCUUGAUCUAAGCUACAAUCGUAUCAGAAAAAUUGAAGGUUUAUCUGCAUUGUGUAAUCUGAAGCGUAUCUAUUUGGUGCAUAAUAAAAUUGAAAAAAUUGAUGGUUUAGAAUCACUUACGAAGCUUGAAGUGCUUGAACUUGGCGAUAAUCGAAUCAAGAAGUUGGAAAACAUUGGACACUUGCAAUAUCUUCGUGAGCUGUAUAUUGGUAAAAACAAAAUCCAGAAGUUUGAAAACUUGGAAAACUUGGUCAAACUUACUGUGCUUAGUGCUCCGGCAAAUCGUUUAACUGAGUUAAGUGGCAUUUCAAUGCUUACUGAACUCACUGAGCUUCAUAUCAGUGACCAAGGAAUUGAAUCUUUGAUGGAACUGACGCCUCAGAAAAAGCUUACAAUAAUUGAUGCAGCCAACAAUAAAAUAACUAAAUUGGAUGGCCUUAUUCAUUUAGAUUAUUUGGAAGAUAUAUGGUUAAACGACAAUGAAAUAUCAGAUUGGAACGAGUUAUUAAAGCUUUCUAAGUUAUCUGCGUUGAGGACGAUCUACCUGGAAAGAAACCCUAUCUAUAAAGUGGAUCAGAGUAGUUACCGGAGGAAGAUAAUGUUAUGCUUACCACAAGUGACGCAAAUUGAUGCCACUUUCUGUCGUUGAAAAAACAUGACGCUUUUUCCAAUGGGUGGCAACGUUGCAAGUGGUCGCACAAGGCGCAGACGUUAAUUACCCAGUCAUUUUGUUUAAUUCAGUCACUGAAUGAAAUGUUGAAGUUUUAAAUGCAUUGGGAUACGCAUCUGUUUUGUUCAGUUUGCUUCCAUCUUCCUAGAACAUGCUUUGGGCUUUUUCUUAGUCUUCAAGAUUUCAGGAUGAACUGUCACGUAGUUUGAAUUCAACUCGCAG